GGAUUCAAAAACGGCUUCCUUCCAGGCAUAGAAAUAAUCCCAGACACUUCUCAUAUCUCACAUAACCUCCAAUCCGCCCUCUCAGAACCAGACAUCGUCGACACAUUAAUAGCCAAAGAAGUCCAAGAAGGUUUCAUGAUAGGCCCGUUUAAAGAACCUCCUUUCUCUCUUUUUCGCAUCAGCCCCAUUGGAAUCGCCACCAGGAAAUACUCCGGGAAAAAGAGAUUAAUUAUAGACCUGUCCUCUCCACACGGCACAUACGUUCCCAGCAUCAAUAGCAUCAUUCCAGCCCCAGACUUCUCCAUGAAAUACGCUUCCAUCGAACAAGCCAUCACUCUCAUCCGCAAAGCAGGCCAUGGGGCAUGGCUCUCUAAAGCAGACAUCACCAGUGCUUUCAAAGUCCUACCCAUUCACCCAGAAUUUUGGCGUUUCUUUGGAAUAUUCUGGAAAGGAGCUUAUUUUAGUGCGCCUCACUUCAGUGCGAAGAUCUUCGACUCCCUCUCGGAGGCUUUAUGUUGGAUUCUCAUCAAUAACCACAAGCUUCCCUAUGUCCUCCACCUCCUCGAUGACUUCCUCAUCAUCACACCUACAUCCGCACCUCCACAUUCAGGACUUUCCACCCUCGUCAAAGUGUUUUCUGAAAUAGGUGUACCCCUUUCAAAAGAAAAGACCUUAGGGCCCUGCACCUCCAUCGAGUUUUUAGGCAUCACCCUAGACUCUAUCUCUUUUCAAGCAUCUCUACCUCUGGAGAAAAUACAACGCAUUGCAUUGCUCCUAUCAAACUACAUUCUAGCAGACAGAUGCACAAAGCAACAACUGCUAGCGCUCCUCGGCCACCUCAACUACGCCAUCAGAAUAAUUCCCCAAGGAAAGUCCUUUAUUUCCAACCUACUAGCAAAAGCAGCAACAAUACCCUCUCUACAUGAUAAAAUCACCUUGGAUGAAGCUUGCAAAAUGGAAAUGCGGCUUUGGCAGCAAUUCCUGUCUUCAUGGAACGGCAUAUCCUUCUUUUAUAACGACUACAUCACACAUCCAGAAGACAUCCAGAUGUACACAGACGCAGCGCCUUCCAUCGGAUUCGGCGGCUACUACAGCGGUCGCUGGUUCGCUUCUGAGUGGCCACCAGAGUUCAGCAAUCUAAUCCAGCAGUCAGAUUUUCCCUCAUCCGCACUUUACGAAAUGUAUCCCGUCAUCAUAGCGGCCAUCCUUUGGGGGCACGAAUGGUCCCGACAUUCCAUACUCAUCCACUCCGACAACUCGGCAGUAGUCGAAAUCAUAAAUAAAGGCAGAUCCCGUUCCCUGGCUAUCAUGCAAUUAGUCCGCAGACUGACACUUAUAUCAGCGCAACAUCAGUUCAUCAUCAGAGCAGCACACAUUCCAGGAUACUGCAAUAGCAUAGCUGACUCAUUGUCCCGUUUUUCUUUUCAGAAGUUCAGAAUCUUAGCUCCAGAAUCAGACAUGCAUCCCACGCCAGUUCCACCGUUUUCAGCCACCAUCUUCAACUAAAUCCACAGCUGGAAAACCUUUCACAAGCUUCGAGAGAAGCUAUUCUCAAUGGCCUUGCCCAGAGUACCCUCUCUGCUUACUUGACCGGUUGGAAUUGUUUCAAGGCGUACCAUUUCUUCUACCAACUCUCAUUCCCUCUAAUGAAUGUUUGGUCCAUCUGCAAUUUCGUUACUCACGCCCAUUCCUACCAAAACAUCAGGGCUUCCUCCAUUCAGACUUAUCUAUCUGGAAUUAACUUCAUCUACAAACUCGCCACUGGCGACCAAUGCCAAACCAUUUCUCACCCUCACGUAUCUAUGCUGAUUAAAGGUCUACGAAAACAAGAACCAAUCCACAACGUUAAACGCCUGGCUUUAACUUCUGACCUCCUCAGCCAAUGCAUCUACACACUAUGUUCUGGCUACUCAAGCCCAUCGACCAACCAAACAUUAGAAUGCAUGUUCCUUCUUGCUUUUUUCGGCUUCCUGAGAUGCUCUGAAUUCGCCCCGUCGACUUCAACCUUCGAUCCAGCCAUCCAUCCCAGCCUCUCAGACAUCACCACUCAUACGUCAGAUUCUCUGAUCUAUAACCUAAAGAGAAGCAAAACCGACCAACUUGGAGAGUCAUUUCCAAUAUAC